UGGAUUACAGGAACGUCAGUAAACCAGGCUGGACUGGAAGGAGUUUUGACACAUUUCUCUUUCCUUUCAAUCUGUCCUGCCGCGUUUUCCAGCUCUUAAUGUGUCAGUUACUCUUCCUACUGUGUGCUGUGUCAUCUGAGAUCAUUCAGAAGAGAUGUGUGGGAUGCUAGCUGUUAGCAGCGCUGGGUACUGAGAGGGAGAGGCACAGGAGAAGAGGGAAGGAUGCCGGCCCCCCUCAGGUUGAGGAGGGGGGCCUGCAGGUCAGCUAUCCCAUCUCUCUCCACCAUCGCUGAGGAAGAGGAGGGACAGCGGAGCCGCAAGAGACGAAGGAAAGGAGGAGGCUCUGACUACCUUUCUAGAGCAGAUGACAAGUCAUCAUGGAGUCGACCGGACUCCUCAGCCUCUGGACGGUACACCUACACCAUUCCCAGCCCUACAGAGAUCCCCAUCGUUACCAGACCAGAGCCUCUGAUGCUGAAGAAUGACGAAAGGCAGAGACUCGCCCGUGAACGGAGGGAGGAGCUGGAGAAGCAGAAUGCUGCAAAGGGUUCCAAGUGGUUGGAGAGAGAGGAAAGAGCCCGACAGUUUCAUGAGAGACAGCUGGAGGAGCGCAGGAAGAAGCUGGAGGAGCAGCGAGUGAAGGAGGAGAGGAAACACGCUGCUGUGGAGGAGAAACGACGGCAGAAACUAGAGGAGGAGAAGGCCCGGUAUGAGGCUGCUAUCAGGAGGACCAUGGAGAGGGGUCGAAGAGCCCGUCCCAACUCAAACCGCUGGAGCUGGGGUGGAACGCUCCCUGCUAGCACCUCACACAACAACGAUACGGACAGAAGGUCAGUCUCCACUGUGAAUCUGUCCAAACCCACAGAUCCAGUCAUUUCCAAACGCCUGUCAUCUUCCUCGGCCACCCUGCUGAAUUCACCAGAUAGAGCCUUACAGAAGCAGACAUCUCUCUCGUCGUCUUGCUUGAUUAAAAAAACACAAUCUAAAUCCCAAAUCUCCAAAGAGAAGAUACCUCAGGACAAACCAGCAGGUAUGCGUCGCAUGCCUCUUACAGCAUGGGAGAAUACAGUGAUCAGUCGACUUCAGACGCCAACACACUCCUACCUGGCCAGGAGUCGCAGCGCCAUGUCUUUGUCUGGAGAAGCAGUGACCCCCGUUUGUCCUCGCUCAGCCUCCUGUCAUCCAAUGAGCUCCACGUCCUUCAAGUCCAUCCAGUCACGCAGUGCUGAGCGACCAAUCAAAGCAGGCCUUAAUCUAGAGAGACCAAUCAGAGCAGGGUUCAUCCCUCUGGACGGCAGCACCCGCAGAAAGACCACACAGAAUUUGCCGAUUGACAGGAAGGAUAAGGACAGUGUGAGAAAGUCAUGGAGUAACCUGUCAUAUCCAACUCCCAAUCUGAGCUUGUUCACACCCAAGAGAUCUCUUUCACCUGUCGGUCGUCACAGCAGGGUCAGCAAUCCAUCCCCCAACAGGGGCUCUACUACUAAACCCCCUCAGAAGACACCUAACCCCAAAAAGUCCAGGUCUCCACCUCCUCCAGCAUCGAUUCCUCUGUCUCCUAGUAAUCCGUCUUUAUCGGCAGGGAAUCUCAGGCCUAACAGAGUGACAUCAGAGAGUCCGAGAGCAACUCCAGAAGGACAGGGGGCCAAAAACGGAGAACCAGAGUCUCCUGCAACUAAACAGGAGCCUUCUGCCGAAGGAUCUGGAAGUCCUCCAACAACACGGCCCUCUGCAGGCACAACAGAUCCUGAGGAGGCAUCACGUCUGCUGGCUGAGAAACGACGGCAGGCCAGAGAACAAAGAGAAAGAGAAGAGGAGGAGAAGAGACAGCAGGAAGAGGCUGAACGGCGCAGCAGGGAGGAGAUGGCCCGCAGGAAGGCAGAGGAGCGGGCGAAGAGAGAGGAGGAGGCACAGCGGCAGGCUGAAGAGAAGAAGAGACGAGAGGAGGAGGCGAAGCGUUUAGAAGAGGAGAAAGCACAGAGGGAGAGAGAGGAAGCUGAACGCCUGCAGAAACAGAAAGAGGAAGAGGAGGCUCGCCAGAGAGAAGAGGCAGAGCGUUUGCGCCUGGAGAGAGAGAAACACUUCCAGAAAGAGGAGGCGGAGAGAAUGGAGAGGAAGAAGCGCCUUGAGGAAAUUAUGAAACGCACACGCCGAUCUGAUCAGAAAACCACCCCACAGCGAAAUGGCGAUGUCAGCCAGCAGAGUGGACAGAAUUCAGAGAGUUCAGUAUCCAGCAGCACUUCAGUGACCGUGUCGACCCCUCAGGCUCCGGAGACCUCUGAGACAGUAUGCAGUGACAGUAACGGACACACGGGGCCCAGCUGCAUUACACCCAUACUGCCCACAUCAGGUCACAGUGUGGCGGCCCAGCUCAGAGAAAACGGCACUGUUGCAGAGGCUUUCGAGGAGGUCAUAGAGGUUCCCGUGGGGACCAAACUGUCCCGUCAAGAUGGAGAUGGAGAGGAGGUGGAAAAUGAAGAAGAGGAGAAGAGAAAGGUUCCCUUAUUGGCUUUCAGAGAGAAUGGCAGCAUGCAUAAUGUGAGUGGACUGGAGGAAAACCCGACACAGUAAAGUUCAGGUCAGUUAGUCUGGACACAACGUGGAUUUGGGGUGACAUGCGAUGGCCCCUGUACCUUAUUUAGAUUUUUUCCCAUUAUAGAUGUAUGAAUGUUUAUAAUGGUGGGAAUGCAACAUGCAACACAGGAAUGAAAGAAAAACGAGUCGGAGGGAGACCCCCCUCUAUACACUCUCCCUCUUUUGACACUAAAAUGGCAAAGAGAAAUUACGAAAUGAAGAUCUCUUGGCUUUUACUUUCUGUAAUCAGCUCCUGUUUCCUCAAACUGAAGUGGUGCACCUUUGGAACCACAUCUGUUUUUUUUUUCCAAUACUUGAAGAAAAGUGUCAUCGCUGUCGUGGAAGCUCCUGUGAAGUGCUAACCAUAAGAAAUGUGUGGAAAUUUUUUUUGUUGAUUUAUGGCAAAACAUUGUAGUUUUGCUCUCCUUAUGCCAGCAAUUCAGUGGAUGAACUCUGCUUAGUUUUAUAAUUAUUGUUCAAAUGAAGAGAACAUAUUUUCUUCCCUCUAUGCGAAGCUUGAACAGAUUUUUGCCUCUUGAAUUCUGAAUUUCGAUACGGUUUGCAAAGACCUCAUCUCACUCCGCCCCAGUGUACGGCUCUCUGCACAGUCUGAGCGUAGCAAAACUGUCAUUCUCAUUUCUCUUUUUUUUCUGACUUUCUCAGGAACAUAUCCAUGAUAUGUUUAACUCAAAAUGAAAUGGAAAAAAAGUAUAAACGUUUAAAUUAAGCACACCCUUUAAUUUUUUUUUAUUACAGUAAUUGUGGGAAAAAUUAUUAUAUAAUAUGUAAAGUGUGAAGUUUGUACAUUUUGUAAAAAGUUGUUCUAUUGCCUGUAACUGAUGCUGAUUCAAGUAAAACGUUUUAUAAAACCUUUUUUCCAUUCGAUUUUGGGAUGAAAUGUGACCUGGAUGUGUUUUUGUGAGAUUCACGCUGCGGUUGUUUUCAGUAGCAUUAAUCACAGACAUCCGAAAGCAUAUUGUGCUAUAGAAACAUAUGCUGUUAUAUUCCUUACAUUAAAUAUAAUGUCUAUUUCAUCAGUAGAAACCGAUAGAAGCUAAUGGUUAAAAUCCUUCAAAAGUAAUCAUAAUGUAGUAAAAAAUGAGCAGAACCUCUUUAAAUAGAAAUGCUGCUACCCAUGUCUUUCCUCUGCCUUAUCAGAUGAAGUCAAGUUUUGAGGAUUUGUUAAAGGGCUGAUAUGUUUUUUAGUUUUUAAACUCCAAUUCAUCAUUAAGCUCUUAUCACAUGACACCACCAUCAAUAGUUAACAGGGCUUAUGAAAACGUAUCCUAUAUAGGACUUAUUAUAAAGCGAAUUAUCUUUCAAAAGACCAUCUCAGUUUGUUUUUGUUGUAGUCCGUAUCAGUGGAUGGUCAAUGGACGCCAUGCAACAACAACAAAAAAAGAAGAAGCAGGGAUCAAUUACAUAUCUUGAAACCUAGAAACUGUAAAUCUUGAUAUGCAAAUGCUAAAGAAGAAUGCAUAAAUGUUGCACAACAUCUGUUUGUAAGAGGCUGGGUGAAGGUUUCAAACAAGCACUACUUGUUUACUGAGACGUCAGGGACAGAUUUCUCAGUGAAGAAAGAGCACUUCUGAUAAAGCUCCCAUGUGCCCUUGCCCUAACCAACAGCACUGAGUACCACUUUACAAAAACUGAAGUGGUUUCUCCCAACCAACUCAACCUAUAUGCAUGUGCAAAUGAUGGAAAUCAAUAAAGUUUUCAUCUGGAAACAACAAA